AUGUUAUCUCCCUUUCCCCUUCGUCCCUUGGGCCGUGGACCCUGGCUACUCCGCGCUCCGCGCUCCGUGCUCCGUACUCCGUGCUCCUGGUCCGUACUUGUUCCCCAGGCCUCGCAACCACCCACCCACCCGCCGCCGUCGAGCGACGCGAAACCGCGAUUGCCUCGAGACUCGACCUUUUCCGAGCCGAGUGGCGGCGGAGACGACGUGAUGCCAGCUUGCGUCUUGCGCGUGCUCCGUAGCACCAUGUAA